AUGGUUCAGUUCCCGUUCGCCUUCGAAGCCGCGUGGGGUGCGACACCCAAACAAAUAUGUCGCCCUCCUCAUCGCCCCUCUUGAUCCCUUCUCGCGGUUUCCUCGCCCCUUCUCUGUGGGCGUCGCCAUAGGCGAUCGGAGGUUGCGGUCGGGGUUUGGUCUCUUAUUACUGUGCUCAGGCAUCUCGCGUCGUGCCAUGUUCGAUUCUUGCUCCCGCGAUGCCGUGGUGGAACCGGAAGAUCGCCGUCCCCCCCUCCUCGUCCUCCUCCUCGCCCUCUCCCUCUCCCUCCCCCUCCUCGGUUGCCUCCUCCCCAGGCGGCCGUAGCCGGUACAGCAACCUCCGCUUGCCCUGGAGCCGCCGCGGCGACGCCCAACGCCGCGCCAGCCGCCACCACGAGUUCCAUCGCCUCUCCGACAUCGAGGACGAUGGGUUGUCCUUCGAUUCUGGAGCCGCCGCUUCCGGUGGCGGCGACCGCUUAUCCGUGAGUUCGACGCCGGUGUCGCGGUCCCCGAGCAAUUCAAACUGCAACCCGGGCCGGACUUCAUCAUCCCCAGCGUUGUUGCCGCAUCCGCUCCCCUUGCCCGAGUUCGUGGCACCGGCAACGGCGACGGCACCUGCGUCCCCUCGACGCGAGUCCACGUCGGCCCCAGCGCUGGGGUUUGGGUUUCCAUCACCGAAUUGUGCCCGCUGCCCUCUGCCUUCACCAAGAGAGGCUUCAAGCAGAUCGGAAGGUUAUGAAGGGUGUCAUGCAGCUGCAGAAUCUUCCUCCAUCGGGGAGCCACUCAACAAAAGGGCCUCUUCGGCUGGUGCAGAAGGAAGUAGGCUGCCUCACCAGACUUCACAUAGACGACCAGAGCACAGUGGAAUAUCAUUAAAUGGAUUUACUUUUAGACGUCGCAGAAAGAUAUAUCAGGAUCCAAAUUCUGCUGGAACUGUUACCUACGGGCUUAAUAUGCCUGCAAAAAGUGCUCCAACAAGCCAGUUCUCGAGUCCUGUAUGUAGUCCUCGGAGAUUGAGUAAUGCAGACUUUUCCACUUUUGGGAUGGCAACUCCAGGGAUUGAGACCUGGUCAGCUCCAGAGCUCCCCCCUGUAGAUGUGGUGUCACUUUUCUCUUCACAGACUACAUCUGAGCAAGUUAUUGGCAGUCCUGAUUGUUCACCACUUUGUAGUCCAACAAGUAGAAGUCCCAUCUUAAUAUCCAGAAAUCCCAGUGCACCUUCUUCUCCAUUGCAUACAAAAAUAUUGUCAGAUAACUCUGUUCUGUGGCAUGAAAAUGGUAGUAAUGUUAACGUCCACCCACUUCCUCUGCCUCCUGGAGCUGCAUCUUCUUCGCAAUCAGGAUUCUCUCAUCAGAGUGCUGCAAAAGCUGAGGCAUUGCCUAUGAGAAGUCAGUGGAAGAAAGGAAAACUCAUUGGAAGUGGCACAUUUGGGAAUGUUUAUGAAGCCACCAACAGGCACACUGGAGCCUUAUGUGCAAUGAAAGAAGUUAAUAUUAUUCCGGAUGAUGUCAAAUCAGCUGAAUGCAUAAGGCAGUUGGAACAGGAAAUAAAGUUUCUUAGUCAAUUUAAGCAUCCAAAUAUUGUGCAAUAUUAUGGGAGUGAAACAAUUGAUGAUCAGCUUUACAUAUAUCUUGAGUAUGUUCAUCCCGGUUCAAUCAAUAAAUAUGUUCGCCAGCAUUGUGGAGCUAUGACAGAAUCAGUUGUCCGCAAUUUUACCCGCCAUAUUCUUAAAGGGUUGGCCUACUUGCAUAGUAAAAAUAUAAUGCACAGGGAUAUCAAAGGAGCAAAUUUGCUUGUUAAUGUUCAUGGCAUUGUCAAGCUGGCCGAUUUUGGGAUGGCAAAACAUCUAAGUGGGACCAUGGGGGCUCUUUCAUUAAAGGGAUCACCAUAUUGGAUGGCUCCAGAGGUGGUGCAAGCUACAAUGAACAAGGAUGUUGGUUAUGACUUUGCUGUUGACAUUUGGAGCUUGGGUUGUACCAUUAUCGAGAUGUUUACAGGAAAACAGCCUUGGAAUGGUUUAGAAGGGGCUGCAGCUAUGUUCAAAGUCUUGCAUAAAGACCCACCAAUACCUGAAUCAUUGUCCAAUGAUGGGAAAGACUUCCUGCGAUGCUGCUUUCAUAGAAAUCCCACAGACAGGCCAGCUGCCAACAUGUUGCUCGAACACCCUUUCAUUAAAAACUCCCACCACUACAAUGCUCAUGGUUCUCUCCAAGCAUUUGCAGGGAUUAAAAUUUUUGAUAAUAGUAUCCGCCCAAGAGAGAAAAGUAAAUCAAAAAGUGAGCCGUGUGUGAAGGAGAGACACACAGUUACUGGGAAAAACAGAAACUCUCGUCCUGGGACUUCCAAGACAGCAGCCUCUCGUGUCUCACCUUGCUCGACUCCUGCGAUUGUUCCUAGUUCAUCACCACCUCAUUCAAGUUAUAUCAUGAUGAGUUUAGCUGGCUCUUCUACAAAUAUUCUGAACGGUCGAACUUCUUUGAGGAGUCCCAGGAAUUGAAUCACUAACUGCACAAAGAAAAUGAGAUCCAUUCAAGCAUUCUGUGUUGUUGUAAUCAGAUUUACACCGUUGUUCAUCACACUCAUAUCCCUCCCAGUUUUUUCAUCUGAGGCUAAGGUGGUACUUAUCAUUAACCAUGAUGGUGGAGGAGGGGUCCUCGGAAUUAGCUUGUUUCAUCGACUAAUCAUUGGUAGUCCGGACUGAACUAGCUGUAUGUUGUAUUGAAGAACUUCACAAGCGCUGAAGUUAAGCCCCAUGUUAAAUAUUUAUCAUGUAGAAUAGCGUCAAGCAAAAUUCAGAUUGGGACUAAGCUUAUAGUGAUUAUUUAACAGUUGUACAUUACUGUUCAGCAAUUAAUAUCAAUAGACUGCAGGGUGACAGCCAGCAAAAGUAGAACAUUAUUUUUUUUU